GGAGCCAGGGCUGCAGUCAUGAGCCGGUUCAAGUUCGUGGGUAGAAAGGGGAGAUCAGAGAGCCUUUCCUGCAUCUGCUGUUUCUAGGCACCUUCAGCUCAGAAUAACCAAUAUGCCAAAGUGGCGUAUUUUGGGGUGGCAUCCAGAACCCCGUCACCAAACUUGACUAAGUAAAAGACUGCUUUGGAAAAAUUCUCAUCUGUUGAUGGCGGAAAGGGAUAUUGGUAUUAACUUGACAGAUCCUAUGUUCAGAGGAAUUUAUAGGGGAGUUCAGAAGCAUCAAGAUGACCUGCAGGAUGUAAUAGAGAGAGCUGUUCAGAUUGGUGUUAAAAAGUUUAUGAUUACAGGUGGAAAUCUACAAGACAGUAAAGAUGCACUGCAUUUGGCACAAACAAAUGAUAUGUUUUUCAGUACAGUUGGCUGUCAUCCUACAAGAUGUGGGGAAUUUGAAAAGAAUAACCCUGAUCUGUACUUAACGGAGUUGCUAAAUCUGGCUGAAAACAACAAGGGGAAAGUUGUAGCAAUAGGGGAAUGUGGACUUGAUUUUGACCGACUACAGUUUUGUCCCAAAGAUACUCAACUCAAAUAUUUUGAAAAACAGUUUGAACUGUCAGAACAAACAAAAUUACCAAUGUUUCUUCACUGUCGGAACUCACAUGCUGAAUUUUUGGACAUAAUGAGAAGAAAUAGAGAUCGGUGUGUAGGCGGAGUGGUGCAUUCAUUUGAUGGUACCAAGGAAGCAGCAGCUGCUCUGAUGGACUUGGGUCUCUAUAUAGGAUUUAAUGGUUGCUCACUGAAAACUGAGGCUAAUCUGGAAGUUCUGAAGUCAAUACCUAGUGAAAAAUUAAUGAUUGAGACUGAUGCACCAUGGUGUGGAGUCAAAAGUACACAUGCUGGAUCAAAAUAUAUAAAAACUUCAUUUCCUACCAAGAAGAAAUGGGAAAACGGGCACUGUUUGAAAGACAGAAAUGAACCCUGCCAUAUAAUUCAAAUACUGGAGAUAAUGUCAGCAGUAAGGGAUGAAGAUCCGCUGGAACUAGCCAAUACCCUAUAUAACAACACCAUUAAAAUCUUUUUUCCUGAUAUAUAAUUGGCAUGCCUCCCCCAGUUUUCCAUCACGUAUGUAAAAUUUCUUGGUAAAACUUAAAAUGUUUCAAUAAAGGAAUUCUCUGGGAGCUGUCUAAA